AUGCUUUUAUGCAACGAGCUGAUUUCAGACACCUUCUGUGAUAGUUUCAAAACAAUUUUGAAUUUUUCUUGGAAUUAUUUAGUAGAAGGAACAGAUAGACUAACAGAAUUGACAGUCACAUCAUUAGAUAUCAUUAUCAAUGCGGAAUCACGAGGAAUUAUCAAGUUUAAGAACGAUUUUGGAAGAUUAUUUGAAAUAAUUAUCAGACUUUGUGCACAAUUCCCUGAUUCAUCAUUUGUAUUAUCGAGAAUAACCAAGCUGGUGCUUGUUUCUCUAGAAGACAAGUUUCUAAAUCCAAUUGUUUUCGAAUUAUUAAUUCCGGCGUUGAUUGAGUUCGCAAAUGACGAUAACCAUAGAGCCUCAAGGAUCCAUCUGGUCACAAUGUUCGACGAAAUCAAGAACAAAUACUACAAAUCAAAACCUUACAAAAAUUUGUUGAAAUCAAGUAUAAAAGUUUACAAUUUCAUGGAGAGAUUCCUUCCAAACUACAUUUCCCACAUAAAUAGACCUUACGGAGGCCAAGUUUCCCAACAAAUUGUUGAUACAUUUUCUCAUUACAAUUUAGGAUGA